GGACGCUUUAGUGGGGGGACAAGGGUCCGCAAGGAAAAGUGGUAGAACCAGGACGAAGGGAGAGAGCGGUGGAACUGGAAGCGUUGUUGAGGUCGUUUUAUUGUUCAAACAAAGCUUAGGGAUCUCAUCAGAUCGGUGAAGUACUUUAUGGGCAGAGAAAUUGCGGAUAUUUGUAUGGACAAAGAGUCAGAUCAUGUCGUAGUUUAUUCCAAUGGUGUUGGCCAUGAUUCAGGCAAUGACAUUGUUCAUCGGCAAAAUGGCCUUCCAGAACCAGAUGAUCACAUGAAGGGGAAUCCAAAGUCUCAAAUUCUAGAUGAGACUGCCGAAUUAAAGGAUUGUGAUGUCAAAGAAUGCACAAUGGAAAAUCCAAUUGAGAUAUCUGAGCUCCACCAUAAGGUUGAAAAUUGUCACAAGGGAGAGCAACCAAGAGAGGAAACAGAAAAAUCUGAAGGUCAGAAGCCAAGCAACCACAAAAAGUUAAGCCCUUCUGUGAAAUCUUCAUCAAGAUCUGAUGGCACUGGAAACAUGCGAUCAAACUGCACUGUUCCUCAACCAUUUGCACUGGCAACUGAGAAGCGUGCGUCUAGUGGAACUCGUCCUGUUGGGCCUGAAACUUCUGUUUCUGGUGGCAUAAACAGACCAUCCAAUACCAACAACUUCCAGGCCCCCAGCACAACAAAGAAGCCUCAGCCUAGAUUAUCCUUGGCAACUAGAAAGCCAUUGCAACCUGAUAAUAAGAAUCUUCCAGAUGAAGAAGAUGCCUGCUCUGUUGCUUCCUCGACUGCAGCAUCUGUUAAGACAGUAAGCUCCAGAGUAACUAUUCCAUCAGCUCCUGUGUUUAAAUGUUCUGAGCGUGCAGAGAAACGUAAGGAGUUUUACUCAAAGUUAGAGGAGAAGCAGCAAGCAUUGGAGGCAGAGAGGACCCAAUGUGAAGCUCGGACUAAGGAGGAACGAGAGGCAGCUAUAAAGCAGCUUAGAAAGAGCUUAGCGUUCAAAGCAAACCCAAUGCCAAGCUUUUACCACGAGGGUCCACCACCUAAGGUUGAACUCAAAAAGCUACCUACAACUCGUGCAAAAUCACCAAAGUUGGGGCGGAGAAAAAGCUGCAGUGAUACGGUUGAUUCAUCUCGGGGAGACAAUCAGAAAGGAGUCUCUGGUCGUUCAAGUCGUCUUAGUCUGGGUAUUUACAAAGAAGAUACUAAGUCUACUACUAACAAUAGCAGCCGAAACACAAACUCGUCUCCCAGAAUCAAAGAUGCCCCCAAACAGGUGAGAGAAAGCACAAAUUCUGCUGCCCCCAAGACAACUGAGCAGAGUAAUGUAGACAUCACAGUCCACUCAUGAGUCACUUGGUGAGUUUUUUCUAAUUUAACAGGGAAAGUUCCUUUCUUUUUUUUUUUGUAUGGGUUCCAAAAAGGGCACUGUCUUCUUGUUUGCAAGGACUGGUUGCAGUAUUUUCUGUGAUAUAUGAAGUGUAAAUUUUCUGUAAUUUAUAUUUACACAAUAUAUAUAAAGAGUUCCAGUUUUAUUACA